UGGGCACGCGCGCGCACGCUGCUUGGUUCCGACACGAGAACGCUUUCGGUUGCCGCGCGCCAAAAGGGUUCUGUUCGACUCGCGGCUCGCUCCGUCGCCGCAGCUGAACACCUCGCUUGGCCUUGCCGAGUUUCAGUCCAAAUGUCGGGCCGGCAGGAGAUCUCGGGGCGCGAGGCUGGCGAAAGCAAGGUGCGAAUGCAGGAGCAGGGCCACGCCGGAGGCGGCAGCGGCGACACGCACUCUGCGCCUGAGCGUGACUCGCUGUACAAGAAGCUCAUGGACCCGCACAGCGACUUCCCCGAGCCCGCUCUCAAGGGCGAGCACCUCAACAAAGUCAUGAACGACUGGUUGCCGUCAUCGCCCGUGUCGCCAUCCAAGAAGAAGAGCAAGGCGCACGGCACCAAGCGGCUGCCUGUGGCGGGCGUGCGCGGCGGCGUGGAGGCCAAGGACGAGCCCAACGACGUCAACCACGAUGUGGGCGAAUUCCACGCCAAGGUUAUCUCCCCGCACGGCCACGCCCACACCGCCGCCGGCGUGGCGAGCGGCUUUGGAGGCGGCGGCGAGGGCGCCGCUACCAGCUAGACGAACUGCCAAGGAAAUAAGCUAGCUAGGCAGACAGACUGGAGGAGGCUGGCUGGAUAGACACGUAUGUGCGCACGGUGCAGUGCGGCGGCAGAGGCAUCGGGUACUGGUGCUGGUUGCGGUGCAGUGCGGCAUAACUGGCGGCGGGCUGCCAACUGCUGAGCAUCUCAACACGUAGUACGGCCGCACGCGGGUUGCAAGGGUCACGCAAGUGUUACGCAGGAUGGACAGACUGAGGUGGGGCACAUGCCUGGAUUCAUUGUGUGCGUGCAUGGAUGGCUGUAGCAGCUGGGGGCGGCCUAGCUGGAGGCGGGGCCGCGGGGCUAGCUAAGUGGGGCUGCUGUAGCAAACGCUAUCAUGUUGCGAGUGGUGCUGCGUGGGAGCAGCACGAUGCAGGCAUGGCCAUAACUUUGCUGAUCACGCACGUGCGGCUCAGGCACGUGUAUGGAUGGGGCGGGUCCUCAAGUUGCUGUCUGUAUGUUGCUUGCUGAGUGGGCUGUCUAGUUGGCGGUGGGUUGGGAGAUGUCACACGUGUCAUGCGUAUCGGCAGUGGUCGGUGCAAUAAUCUGCUGCACAUUUAU